AUUGCCAAAAAUCCAGGUGGUGCAGUAGUGCAUAAAAACAAUCUGUGCAACAGUCUACGUGGAACCUUUGGCGUAAACGAAGAAAUGGGUAACUCAACGAGCACCGAUAAGAAAAAAAUCAAGGAGGAAGAAGAAAAAGAGAUGGCGAGAGUCCAGGCGGAAACAGAAAGUUUGAGAAAAGAAGAAGCGGAGAAGGAAAAAAAAGCUGAAAACGAAAAGAUUGAAAGAGAAAAGGCGGAAAAAGAAAAAGAAGAGAAAGCAACGGCGGCGAGGCUGAUGGCCGAGCGAGAAUUAGAGGCGGCCAUGACGCGGAUGCAACUGCGCAUGUUGCUGCAAUUGCAAAUGCAGCAAAAUUUUCACCAGCCGCAAAUGAAUGGCCGUCAUCGGUGGAGAGUAGCUGCCGGUCGGAGUCGUGCCGCCUGGUACAGGCAGCGUGGAGGUCGCGGCUGGGGCACGGGCCAGGGUUCGAACUGGGGCGGGGGCCAGGACCAUGGCCAAGGCGGAGACGGGGGCACGUACAGGGGUCAGGGCCAAGCCCAAAACGGAGGAGGCCGAGGCAUGGGCCGGGGCCGGGACCGACGCCGGGGCCCGUAUUAUAUUUAUUUUUAAACAAAAUUUUUAAUUUCAAUUCAUUUUCUUUAAUA